GCGUGGCGAGAGUUGACUUGUGGUUCACUUCUCGAAAGCACUGCAAUCAAUACCUGCUUGCUGGGCACGUAAGACUUUCGCCUUGACUGUGAUCUCAGACGUCGCUGCACCUUCACAACAUCACCUCUGGCCCUUUAUACAGCCAUGUCUGCCGCAGAUCCUUCCGAAGCCCCUGCGAUGCCCCAGCAGACGAGCAUGUCUGAGCAGCCUGCCGCGUUUCGCAAGUCUUACCGGCGCAAGUACCGGAAGAUCAUGGUCACAUUUGAAGAAAAGACGCGAGAAAGCACUUCAUUGUUCAAAGAGGAGCAGCGGAUCCUCGACAUAUCACAACGACUAGCUGAGCAGACCGAUCAACUACUUCAGCUGCUCGUGGAUCUGAAUUCAUGCCCUCAAGUGCCACCGCGUCUACGUUACGAUCUCAAACCUCCGUCUCAGCAGAACGAGCGGGACGGCAUCGCGAAGGAAGAGCUCACCGAAGAGGAAGGACAUCUACGACUCCGCAAGGCGAGAUAUCAACUGCAGACCGGAGAGAUCGAUGCAAAGACGUACUGGGAUAUAGAAAGUUCUUUGCUCGACACUCUGGCAUUUACUCCGGAACGCUCUUACACAUCGCUACUCGAGCUUGCGCCACCUCCAAUGCAGAAUGGGGACAAGACGGACCCGACCACCGGCACAGGAGACAUGUUUCUGUCAAUCAGACGGGAAGAACAAUACCUGCAAUCGUUGGAUGCAUUUUUAGAUGGGACAUCAACGAAUCCUCGGUCCCACACUACCAAUAGCCUAGGAAGUCGAAACGCAGAAAAGACUACGGACCGAGAACGAGAGAUGCAGCUGAAGAAUCCUGUAUCUAUCUACAACUGGCUUCGCAAACACCAACCCCAGGUUUUCUUGCAGGACAAUGAGCCGGGUGCCGAAAAGGCCACGCGCGCCACCGGUUCGAGGAGCUCGGCCAGAAAGUCGGUCAACAAGGAAGCAUUGAAACAGGAACCAGAACUUUAUGAUGACGACGGAGUCCCUAUGGACGUCGGCUCUUCAGCAAGGGGAAAGCGCAAAAGAGAGGACGACGGCGGCUAUCGUCCGAAAGGGGGCAAUUCGCGGGGCACCAAGCGCAAGAAGGAAACCAAAGAAGACUCAGGCCGCAACAAACGAGCCAAAAAGUUGUCGGUGGAUGCGAGAUAGGGCAUAUGUCGAGACGC